GGUGAGUUGAAUGAGGGUGGAGAUGGGGGGGUAUGGAGGGUAAAGGGGGAGAAGGUUUUGGAGUUGGGUGCUGGUAUGUCCCUUCAAUACCGAUUCGAGAUUGAUAUAUGUACUAACAAAGAUGCAGGAGCCGGUCUCCCCUCUCUAGUCAGCGCGCUCGCACACGCUUCCUCCGUCACGAUAACAGACCAUCCCUCCUCGCCAGCCUUCGGCGGUGCAAUCCCCUUCAACAUAUCCACCGUCAACAUCCCCGCCACAAACCCAUGCGAGAUCACAAUCCAACCACAUGAAUGGGGUACCCUCACAACGGACCCCUGGGCCGUCGCAAACAAAGCCACCUACACGCGCAUCAUCGCAGCAGACUGCUUCUGGAUGCGCAGUCAACAUGAGAACCUCGUUCGCACGAUGCGCUGGUUCCUGGCUCCUGGAGGGAAGGUCUGGGUUGUUGCUGGGUUUCAUACUGGGCGGGCGAUUGUCACGGGAUUCUUUGAGACGGCGUUGGAGAAUGGAUUCGGGAUUGAGAGUAUCUAUGAGAGGGAUUUGAACGGUCAAAGUGAAGAUGGCGGGGAAGUUCGCCGGGAAUGGAUGCCCGAGCGCGAAGGCGAAGGACCGGAAAAUAGAAAGAGAUGGUGUGUCGUUGCUGUCCUGACUGCCAGUACAUAACCGUUCUACAUUGUAAAUAGUAUCAAGAACGCUGAAAACAAACCGUACAAACUCCCUGCCCUUCUUUCCCCCCAAACCUAAACCGCGGAUACUCAACCCUACCCCAAAUGCUC